UAUGAGUAGGUCUUUCAGUUUGCUAGCAACCUCAUUUGUAAAAACAAAUCAAACAAGAUGGAUGUUCGCUUUGCGCCUUUAUUGUUUCUACUGUCGUGUGCUGUGUUUUGUGUUUCUGCAUACAACGAUCGCGGAGUGUUAGAUGUUGCUUCGUUUAAUGUUCAAAUAUUUGGAGUUAAAAAAAUGAAAAACCCCGUUGUGCGGAAAUACUUGACUAAGAUCAUUCUACAGUUUGAUUUGGUGCUAAUUCAAGAGAUUCGUGACAGUACGGGCACAGCAAUACUUGAUCUUCUGAAGCAGCUCAAUAAAGUUGAACCGAAGUACAAAGUCAUGGUAAGUGAUAGACUUGGCAGGUCAACAAGCAAGGAGCAGUAUGCUUUCAUAUACAGAUCGGAUUGGUUAACUCCUGUGUCAAGCUUUACCUAUGACGACAAGAAUGACGUUUUUGCGCGAGAGCCCUACGUCGUCCACUUCAAAAGCAAGAAAGCAGAAAUUCAAGAUUUUGCAGUGGCCGGAAUUCACACUGCCCCUAAGGACGCGGAAAAUGAGAUAAGCAACUUGACGUUGGUUUACAACAACAUCGUUCAAAAGUUAAAGACUCAGAACGCUAUUAUAAUGGGUGAUUUUAAUGCUGAAUACCAUUACACUAAACAUUGGAGAAGGAUCAAAUUGGCUACUGAUCCAAGAUUUUAUUGGUUGAUUGAUAACACAUUCGACACGACAACAAAAACGACCGACUGUUCUUAUGACAGAAUUGUAGUGACCGGUGACUCGUUGUUAAAAGCUAUAAUUCCUCUCAGUGCCAGUGUAUUUAGAUUUGACGAGAAAUAUAAACUGACACAAAAAACGACCCAGUUAAUAAGCGAUCAUUUUCCAGUUCGUCUUCAAAUAAGAUCAGCAGAGGAGAAACACAACAUUCAAUCUUCCAUCGCCAUGAAAGUUUACAAUAACAAACUUUCUCUUUCAAGAUUGCAAAUAUUGAAUAUAAAGAAGUCAGCCAUGCGCAAAGGAAAAUAUAAAAUUGAAGCAACUAGCAAAGGAAAUGGUGGCUUUGUCAUCAAAAAAUCUGCGACUGGAACAAAGAAAGUUAUUUUGUGUUUAUUUCAAGAUUUCUACAAAAUGUUUUCAAACAUGAUCACGAAAAUAGAAAUCUCGACUGCCAUAAGAAUGGUUAACCAAUUGGACUUUCGAAGAUAUCUACCCAGAGGACAUGGUCUCUUUAAAACUUUAUAUGAUUUUUAUAAAGACAGCAAUAUCAAGUACGAGGUAAAGUUAUCAUGCAACGUGUCAGCACAUCCUGCGCCUUAUUGCUAUCUGGAAAUUGUACAAUUUGGUGGUAAUAAUAUAGUCUCCUAGCUUGACAUUUUCAGCGCCAUUCAGAGAACUUUAAAAUAGAUAGAAAGUAUUUGUAUGUAAGUAUUCUUGUGUUAUUAAAAAAACUCAGUAUCAUUCCAAGAA